ACGAGAAGUAAACAAGAGGGAAUCAUUUGAAUCUUCUUGGUUAACAUCGAUUUUACUGCAGUAACAUGAGUGAUAGCCAAAAUCCAGAUGAGGACACUUUGAAGAUCCUCUUGGCCACAGACAUCCAUCUGGGGUACAACGAGAAGCAUCCAGUUCGAGAGGAUGAUAGCUUCGUUGCUUUCGAGGAAAUCCUGAAACAUGCAGUCGAACAAGAAGUAGAUAUUGUUCUGUUAGGUGGUGAUCUUUUCCAUGAUUCUAAACCUUCCACCACUGCCAUUGUUAGAUGCUCAGAGAUAAUUAGAAGAUAUUGUUUUGGCGAUAAACCGGUGGGCAUAGAGUUCCUAUCGGAUCAGUCGUACAUCUUCAAGAAUCUGAGGAAUCCGAUCGUGAAUUACGAAGAUCCGAACAUCAACGUAUCCAUACCGAUCUUUUCGAUCCACGGAAACCACGAUGAUCCGACCGGUAGCAAAGCCACAUCGGUGAUGGACAUCUUCUCCAGCAACGGCUUGAUCAACUACUUCGGAUACUGGACGGAUUUGAAGCAAGUCCAAGUCGCUCCGAUUUUGCUAACGAAAGGGGAAACCAAUCUCGCGUUGUACGGAUUAUCACACAUACACGACCAGCGUUUAUCCAGACUCUUCAGGGAUGGAAAAGUAGGUAAAGUGAUAACUUUUAUUGCUUUUGGUAUUCACGGUUUUCUGUUGCAGGUUUCGUUGUUAAGGCCGCAGGAAGAAGACGUUUUCCACUUGUUCGUGCUGCAUCAGAACAGGGCGUUCCGAGGUGCUAAUAACUACAUUCCCGAAACAUCUAUACCGGAUUUCAUUGAUUUAGCGGUUUGGGGACACGAACACGAUUGCAGGAUCAUGCCCGAAGAGCAAUUGAAUGGAGUUUACAUAACGCAGCCUGGAAGCUCAGUGGCUACAUCGUUGAGUGAAGGCGAAUCCAAGAAGAAACACGUGGGUCUUUUGAAGGUGAAGAAGCGCGCCUUUGAGUUGACACCGAUUCCGUUGAAGAGCGUCCGUCCGUUCGUCUUUGAAACUGUCAGGUUGGAGGAACUCUCCGAUCUUCAAGAGAAGGGUAUCAUCAAGUACAGCGAGCACACGGAGCGCGUCGUCUCCGAUAAAAUCGAUUCCAUCAUCGAGAGGAUCAAGAACGAAAGAAAAGCGCAAAAGCUGAAGGAGAUGCUUCCUUUGAUUCGGAUCGUUCUUCUGUACCACGACGAGCAGCAACAGAUCAACGCCAUCAGGUUCAGCCAGAGCUACGUGGACCUGGUGGCAAAUCCCGAGGAUAUGAUCCUGCAGAAACCCAUCAUCAAGACGGACGGCACCAAAAGGAAUAGGUAUCUAACAGGAGAUGAUACAACAUACGAAGUGGAAACGGAAGCUGAUAGGACGGAGAUGCUCAAUUCUUUAGUAAACAAAGAGUUGGAGAAGGAUUCCAACAAGAAGCUGAAGAUCCUAUCUGUAGUUGCCAUGGGAGAAGCCAUCGCCAGGGUCAUCAACAACGAUGAUGCGGAUGCAAUCGCAGAUAUCAUUGAUUUCCAAAUGAAAGCUGCGCAGGAAAAGUUGUCCAGUCUCGGAAUGGAUGAGAAUAACUUUGUCGAAUUGCUCGAGCAGCUCAAUCAACAAAGAAUGGAGGAGGCUGCAAACGAAAAAGCUGAAGUCGAUAAAUUGUUGAGUAAUCCGAAGAGAUCGUACAACAAAGCCGUAAUCGAUGAUGAGGACGAUGAUGUUGACGAUAUUCCUGCUGUUAAUACUAGUACAAGUGUUAGCCCUCAGAAACCGGCUAGAGGUCGUGGGAGUCGAGGUCCACGAGGAAGUCGUGGUCCUAGAGGUCCGCGCGGUUCCAGAGCAAAGAAAACGUGAUCAUUCGUUGAUAUUAAUACUGAUUCCACAUCUACUUAAUUUUUAAA